GGUGCGCUGCAGACGGUCCCGCAUCCUAUAAAGGCUCCAGCGCGAACGCAUUUUGAACACACAGCCACACCAUGAUCGACCAACUCCUCGGCCGCCCGUCUCCAAACCUCCGCCGUUCACAGGUAUUCAUCGUCCUCUUCUUCUGCAUAUGGCGGUUGUACAAAGGUGACGGCGCACCUCGGCCCUUUCCCUCAAGGACAGAGUCAGCGUUCGCCCCAGGGCCUAGUGGACGGCGGGGGCUAAAAGCGAGAGAUAAGGCUGGAAAAUCGUGGAUAUGGAGACUAUGGGUUCAAUUAGUUGGGAAAAGGGCGGUGGCGUGGAUUGGCAAGCUCAAUGAGCGACUGAAACAUUUUACGCCUUAUCAGCUGAUAUUGGCCACUUUGACACUGGUGUAUGCCUUGAGACACUUCGAUGAUCUGCUAGGAAUCAGUGCGCCUGAACCUUUAGCAAAGAUGUAUACCCGGUCGUACUAUCGCGCGACAUACGUCAACACAGCAUUCGAUGCGGGCUUCUCUAUAGCCAUGAACAUACGGCCCAAAUGGUUGAAGGACAUUUGUAGCAUGUUGUUCUCCGCCUAUUACCUUGCCUAUGCCAGUGAAGGCGAUGAGGUUCUCAGGCGGUUCCGAGCCGUAUGCUCUGUGGAAAUGCUUCGGACUACAUGGGAGAAGACAAAGAAUCCCUAUAUUCGCCUCAUAACAUCGAGCCAUCGUGUCCGUUUGCCUAUAGUCCGAACAGUCACCAUUGCUCGCCCUUCUAAUUCAUCAAGAUCCUCAUUACCACCUGUCAAGGCAAUGCUCUUUUUCCCAGGUUCAGAAGAGGAGCUUGCGUCUGCUACAGAGCUCAUUGUAGACUUUCCAGGGGGCGGUUUUAUAGCAAUGGGUCCCGAAUGUCAUGAGGAGAGAUUGCGCAUAUGGGCUAAACGAACAGGAAAGCCCGUACUAGGUGUGGAUUACGGGAAGGCCCCGGAAUAUCCAUAUCCGUGGGCAAUAGAGGAAGGCUUUGACGCCUAUCGCACCCUUAUGGAGACGAAAGGAGAAGUUAUCGGCAUCACGAGCGGCAAGCUGGGGAUUGUACUGACAGGCGACUCUGCAGGAGGUAACAUCUGUGCCACCAUUAUGCUACGUAUCCUUGAACACCCUACUGGCAUCCCGAAACCCGUCUCCAUGAUUCUUGCUUACCCCGCUCUCGAUUUCAAUUUCACUUCCUGGAUGUCCCCUCAAAAUCUUCGCGUCCUUCGCACUGAGCAAAGCGAGACACAAAUACCUGGUCUCGUCCAUGGGAAAGACCACAUGCGUCAUAAAGCGCCGCUGAGCGUGGUUGAUGAUCUGGAAGAUAGAACCAGAAAAAGCGGGAGUAGCAAGCAGAAGAGCUGGGCAAAGACGCUUUCAGGCAAGCUUCCCGGAGAAGAAGAGGAUACACACGAGGAAGACGACGAAGAAGAGGUUCAGAAUGCCCGGUGGGAUCAAAGGAGAGACGCAGAAAAGUCUCUGGCAGAAAGGGUAAAAACUCCUCGAGAAGAAAGAAGAUUUGAGUUUACCCUACUAGAUUCACCUGCUCCUCUAGAGGGAAAGGAAGAACAAGAUUUGCAAGUGAACGAGAUGGUGGAAACGAAGAGGAAAAAGGUGCCUAUUGGUACCAGAUUGACAAUGACAAGCCGAGUGGGAUACUUCCAGGAUAGGAUCAUCUCUCCUAGCAUGAUGCGUGCCAUGGCUAUACUUUACAUUGGUCCCGCUCGUAACCCAGACUUUGAAACGGAUUACUAUAUCUCUCCAAUCCUUGCGCCUCCUCAUCUCCUCGCUCAUUUUCCUCCGGUAUAUUUCAUUUCUGGCGAGCGCGACCCAUUCGUGGACGAUACAGUGAUUUUCUCUGGCAAAAUUAGAGAAGCUAAGCGAGCUCGCAAAGCCCAAGCCGAGACCGCCGCUCUGAGCAAUCCGUUCAAGUUCGGAGAAACGCUUCGGAUGAGCUCUGGGAAACGCGGAGGGAAAUCCUUCGCUGCGAAGAUGGAUACACCUGACCCAAUAUUGUCAGAGCUGGAUGAUGACUGGGUUCAAAUGAGGAUAAUCGAAGGAUGGGGGCACGGGUUCAUGCAAAUGUCGUCAUUGAUGCGUGAAGUGGACCCCGUGUUGAUGGAGAUGGCAGACUGGAUUGACGAAUCAUUUGAAAAGGCGAAGGAGAAACAAAUGGAUCUGGAAAAAUUACAAGCGGCUAAGAUGGCAAUUCCGGCUUCUCCACUAUCUGAGGACGGCAGUCGCACGCCUGUGGAAGCCGCCCUCCUCAACAACAGUAUCACUGCCCAUUCUGUCCAUAUCAAGCCCUCACGAGAGUAUGGUGAGGCCACCCCUGGUCAAGCAUCCAAGGGGGGUGAUCUCGGCACAGCCUUUGCGGGUGAUGGAGAAGUAGAUGACGGCAAAGACAAUAUGGUGACAUUUACCCCCAAAACUAAAAAGAGGAUUCCGCCACCCUCGAAUUUCCACACGGUGCCGCGUCGACCGUCUAAAGAAUCCCUUGCACUGCAGCGCUCUCCAUCUGCGCCCAAGUUUGAUGCGGACGAGACUGGGUCGUCAGGAGAGGCUAUGACGAUCCAAACGCCACCUCUUGUCAACUCUGCUAAGCGUUUCUUGUCAGUACAGGGUACGCCCAAAGGUUCGGGUGCCUUUGCAUUCUUUGGUUCCGGAAAGAGUGCACCUACAUCCAAACCCCGUUCUGGAAGGAUCUCUCCUACCCUCUUUGGUAUUCCUCGGAUAUCCCCGUCGCCUGCGGGAAUAAACGGUGCCCCAGUUACUGAGAGUAAUACAAACAAGAUAACUAGGCCGCCUCUAUCAGGGGCUGCAUCUGCACCGGACAAACCCAAGAAGGGUCUCGUUGCUGCAGCAGUCGCCAGCGCCCGCGCUGCCAGUCCUGCAUUAGCUGCUGCAGGUUUUGCCCCUCAGAGCGUGGGUAACGUAUCAGAAGCUGAAUUAUUGCGCAGGAGAAGGAUGGAGGCAGUUUAUGGCAUCGGGGAGACUAAAGAUGGGACUGGUAAUGAAGUGGACGAAUAAAUUUGUAUCGUAGAUCAUCAGUUGAAUGCCUGUACUCAAUUUUUUCGUGAUUGUUCUAGCAUCCCACUUUUUAUUGUUUAAUUAUGUUUAUCAAUGUUUUUACUAUGCAAGA